AUGGACCGCCUGUUGUGGGGUACCUGUGUCCUCUGCGUCCUGAACCUCUUGGAAGUGGCACUGGGUCACCUCCACCCGGAAUGUGACGUCAUCACUCAGCUGAGAGAGGAUGAGCUUGCAUGUCUUCAGGUGGUAGAGGGGACCAACAACACCUCCCUGGGCUGCCCUGGGACCUGGGAUGGGCUGCUGUGUUGGCCCCCAACAGGUUCUGGCCAGUGGGUGGUUCUCCCUUGCCCUGACUUCUUCUCUCACUUCAGCUCAGAGCCAGGGGAUGUGAAGAGAGACUGUACUAAUGCCGGCUGGUCUGAUCCCUUCCCGCCAUACCCCGUGGCCUGCCCUGUGCCCUUGGAGAUGCUAACUGAGGAGAAAUCUUACUUCUCCACCGUGAAGAUCAUCUACACCACAGGCCACAGCAUCUCCAUUGUAGCCCUCUGUAUGGCUAUUGCCAUCCUGGUUGCUCUCAGGAGGCUCCACUGCCCCCGGAACUACAUCCACAUGCAGCUCUUUGCCACCUUCAUCCUCAAGGCCAGUGCUGUGUUCCUGAAGGAUGCUGCCCUCUUCCAGGGUGAUGGCACAGACCACUGCGGCUUGUCCACUAUCCUGUGUAAGGUUUCCGUGGCCAUCUCCCACUUUGCCACCAUGACCAACUUCAGCUGGCUGCUGGCAGAAGCUGUCUACUUGAGCUGCUUGUUGGCCUCCACAUCCCCCAGGUGCAAACCAGCUUUCUGGUGGCUGGUUUUUGCUGGCUGGGGGCUCCCUGUGCUAUGCACUGGUACGUGGGUGGGCUGCAAGCUGGCUUUCGAGGACACUGCGUGCUGGGACCUAGACGACAGCUCCCCCUACUGGUGGAUCAUCAAAGGGCCUAUAGUCCUCUCUGUUGGGGUGAACUUUGGGUUGUUUCUCAAUAUAAUUUGCAUCCUGCUGAGGAAGCUAGAGCCUGCACAGGGAGGCCUCCACACACGGGCUCAGUACUGGCGGCUUUCCAAGUCAACACUUCUCCUUAUCCCGCUGUUUGGAAUUCAUUACAUCAUCUUCAACUUCCUGCCUGACAGUGCUGGCCUUGGCAUCCGCCUACCCUUGGAGCUGGGACUGGGCUCCUUCCAGGGCUUCAUUGUUGCUGUUCUCUAUUGCUUCCUCAACCAAGAGGUGAGGACGGAGAUUUCACGCAAAUGGUAUGGCCACGACCCUGAACUUCUGCCAGCUCGUCGGACCUGCACUGAGUGGACCACACCGCCCCGAUCGAGAAUGAAGGUGCUGACCUCAGAGUGCUAG